UGCGUCUUUGAACGCAACACGGGUUGUAACCACCAUCCUAUUCAGUGUCAGUGGCUCAUCAUCCCCCACCAAGGUGUUAAGGCAGCAACACCCAUUCUUACCUUGCGUUUGUUUUAACCAUUUUGAUACAUAUUUUUUUGCUUCACAUCUCUGGGGUUUGCCACCAUGAAGGGAAUCCAGGUUUUCGUGGUUUUCUUGGUCCUUUCUGCGUCUCUGCUGAGCACAGCCGAAGCGGCCAGGAGCAGGACCAGCAACCAGAACAGCUUCCGACGGGCAGCCAACGGCAUCUACCAGACCCUCAGCAGUGUUUUCGGAGAAGACAACAUCAGAGGGUUAUACAAGUUUUUCUCAAAAACAACGGAGCGUUUUGUGCAUGGAGUGGACUCUUUUCUUGACACCAUCUGGAAGAUCUGGUCAGAUUUGCUGGAUGUGAUGGGCAUUGACUCCUCUAACCUCAGCCACUACUUCAGCCCCACAUCCCUCACCAACUCUCCGGCCCGCGCCCUGCUCCUGGUGGCCGCUGUUCUUGUGGCCUACUGGUUCCUCUCCAUGUUCCUGGGGGGUUUCUUUUACCUGCUGCAUGCUGUAUUCGGCCGCUUCUUCUGGCUAGCACGUGUCUUGCUCUUCGCCCUGUCCUGCCUCUACAUCCUGCAGAAGUUUGAGGGUGACCCUGAACGCGCGGUGCUGCCUCUUUGCUUCAUCAUGGCUGUUUACUUCAUGACGGGGCCUGUGGGAGCGUACUGGCGCCGGGGAGGUGGGGCAGGUUCACUGGAAGAGAAAAUCGACCACCUGGACACUCAGAUCAGGCUGCUGAACAUCAGGCUGAGCCGUGUCAUAGACGGCCUGGAACGCACCGCGGAUCAGUAGGUAGCAGCAAGCAGGAAGGGGAGGGAGGGGAUAUUUUACAAGCUGCUGCACUUGAUGUCCGCGUGUUUCCUGUACACAUCUGCAGCUACACAACUACUGGGUAUUUAUAACUCUAUUGUAAGAUGGGGGACUAAACUAGAUUUGAAAACAGUAUUUUAUCUGCUUUAGGUGAUUUUAGUCAAAGAAUAACAAAAAAGGUGGACAGUUGACUUGAGCAUACGCAAAUCAACCAAACAACUAUUUUGCUUUUAUGAUUGUCUCAAUGAUUGAAAGGUUUUUGCUUAAUUCGUGAGCAAGAUGUAUGACAAAUAUCAAAUGUUUUCUAUAUGAGAAGUAGAAGUAGAAUCGGACAUGCUGGCCUAAUUCAACACCUCGGCUACUUUUAAAAAACGCCCAUAAUUGGGUUUGGAUUUUUGGUAUUUGGAUAAGCAUUGUCAAUGCUGUUCCUAGAUCAGGAAUCUUAUCUUAUGUAUAUUUGUUUGUUUCUAUCCUUGUGAAUAACCAGGGAUUUUAGAUUCUUAUACAGGUGUGUCCACAAAUGAAGUAGCGAAGGGUUUGGCUGUAUGAUCCGAGGGACCGAUACAAACAUUGUAUUACUAAUACGUAAAAAUCAUCGAGACUUUAGGUAGUUGUUUAUAGUAAGAUUUAUUUAUUCCAUAUUCCAUCCGAAAUGUGUAAAACAUUUAGAUCUAGUUGGAAGUCACCGUCCCAUAGUGGCAAAAGUUGAGGUCAGGACCUCUUUUUCAUUGUGUGUUUGUAAACGUGAAAAGGAGCAUGAGAAACACAUCUGGGUGAACUCUUUGAAUGUGUGUGCAAUGCAUAUGUGUAUGUGUAUGUGUGUGCGUUUCAAGUUUGUGAAAUGGAAAAUCACUGUCAAAAAGUCACCAUCAGACCAGCAGAAAAGGCAGACAGGCAGCAAUAUCUCAGGGACUCAACCAACACGGAUAGAAUUGGAGAAGAGAUAUACAGUAUAUUAAAAUCAUGUCUUGGUCUGUUUGAGUCAAUGCUUUUUCAGAUAUUAUUUGAAAUCUGUUUCAGUAAGUUACAAUAUUGAUAAAUCUGGUGGGCAAUUUGUGUUCUUGUUAAUGUUGAAAUUGCAAAGACUGGUUCGUACGAUGUGAAGACCAAACCCAGCUUUUUGAUACUAUCAUGGACUUGUUGCAGGGAUUUUAAGUGCAGCUAGUGGUAAAUAGUCUGUUUCAAAUGGGGGGGGGGAAACAUUGGUUUGAUUGACUCUGCAUUAGAAAUGAUGCAUAUGAAAGAUUUACAACCAGCUGACUGAUGCUUACAGUAUAGCGUUGUAUUAAAACUGGCUCUACACAGGUGUACGUUACAGUAGCUUACGCUAGUUUGUCAGGUCAAUAAGGCUUUUAUGUCUUUCUUCUGCCAAUUUAUUUUUUAGUAUUUCUCAUCAUGUGCCGUCCUAAAACACUGGGACUUGCUAUGCUUCUCUUUGUUUUACAUUGUAUAUCUUCAUCUUUUGAUUUCCUCUUUGCAAAGCUUUUUGUUAUUUCAAUUCUUGGAAUCUGCACUCUGUAAAUGCACGUUUUAUACACAAGUGACCCGAAUACUGUGCAAAUUUGGGGGAAAAACAUUGCAUUUAGUUAGUUUUUUUUUAGGAAGAUUGACUUAAAAAGGAGACAUGUAACACGCCCCCCUUAUAUCAGAUACAGUCACAUAGCUCUGUGGCUAUGUCUAAGCACACUCAGAUAAUUACCAAUUUAUUGGACUGAUUGCCUUUCAUCCUGUCUUACAAAUGACGUCUUAUUAAAUCUGCAAAAUGCAACAAAAAAAGUCAGAUUUCCGAAGACAUCUUAAUCUGUAUCAAAUGACUGAAAAUCUCACCUCAAACACCCAGUCUCAUCAUUGCAGUAACUCCCCCCAACCCCCCAGGUAGCCCAUAUAGCCAAAGUAAUCCGGGAUUUUCUUGCAUGAUGAUUUAGUGCUGAUAAUGUUUUGUUGUUGACUGCCUAGGUAGAGGAACAUUCCAAAAUGUGAUUAGUGAUGUGAUGGGUUUGAUAGAAGUUCAUUAUUUUAGGGAUAUGUAUUAUAAGUCUUAUUUUUCCAACUUUUGCACUGAUGGCUGUACUGUAGAGACCAAAUUAUCACAUGUAUGUGGUCUGUAUUUUAUAAGACCUGACUGGACAACAAUCCACUGAAUUGAUCUUUAACAUGUUGGGGAAUCUUAAAAUACAUGUGAUUUAUGAAGGUGGCUAGUAAUACCCAUUUAUGUUAUAAUUAAAGGAAGGUAUUAACCUUGUUUUUAAAGCGAUUACGGCCCUAAAGUUAUGAUGUAGAGAGGUAUUUAUUAUAUGUUAGACACUGCAAACUGAAGGAUGUUGACUCAAAGCUUUUUUAGCUUUUUUUCAAACUAUUUGAGUCCUCUCUGGCAACCCAAAAGUGUUAGUUUGUGAGUCAAAACAGUUCAAAACACAGAAACUACAUUGCUACUGACUGCAGGCCUGCUCAUGUACUACUUUACAUUUCAACGUGGUGUUGAAAGAUGCCAAUGGAUCUUUCUGUUGACAUCUCUCAGCAGUGUAUUAAAUACUACGUUCUGAUAUUUAUUCUGAUGAAACUGCCUGUUGAAUGGCUAGUCAUUCUUUUAUGUUAUUGUACUGUAUCCUACUUUGAACUAUGAUUCCAUGUUGCCCGAUUAAAAAUGCUGUGCCAAUGAUGUAUAUAUUUUUGUUGAUUUCAAUGCAUAUUUUUUUUAUAUCAAUAUGUUUAGGUCUUUUUUUUGUCAAUAUUAGUUAACUUCAAUGAUGUGGCAAGCACCAAACUGUUCUGCUUGCUGUUGUCUGUGCGACUGUCUUAAUCAAAAGCUGUUGAUGGCUAAGUGGUUCUUUUUGUCAGUGAAAAUGAGGUCCAGAUUUGAAUAAAUUACACCGCAGUAUGACAAA